UUCCGAUUCGUUGACCAUCCAGACUGGUUUUUCUCUUUCUAGCUCCAACCAAUUUAUCUAUCUAACUCGUUUGAAUGGCGACAGAGAUUCAAGAACUUAAAGAGAUUGAAAUUCCUCAAGGCAAAACCCUUGAAACAAUUUUCCAAGAGCCUGUUAACAAAGAAGAUGAAGGAACUAAAGAAAGUAAAUCUGAGACUAAUUUGGAUUCAACGGUAGCUGAUGCAGAUCUUCAGAAGAAAAUGCGUAGAGCUGAACGUUUUGGAGUGCCUGUUAACUUAUCUGAGAAAGAUAAGAGGAAUACCAGAGCUGAAAGGUUUGGCACUGCACCUACAGUCCAAGAAUCAGAUGCAUCAAAGAACUCAGAGGACCUGAAGAGAAAGGCAAGGGCAGAGAGGUUUGGGCUGCCAGCAAAGCCUGUUGCUGAUGCCACUGAUGAGGAGGCAAAGAAAAAGGCUCGUCAAGACAGAUUUACAUCCAAUUCUAAGACAAGUCCCAAGAUGGAUAGUGUUGAAGAAGAUAAAAUGAAAGCCAGGGCAAUCAGGUUUUCACAAUGUCCAGCUUCUGCCCCAUCACAGACAACAAAUGGAAAGGGGAUCUCUAUUGAGGGGACUGCGGAUGUGAAGGCCAGUGGAGGGACCUGAGCAAUGGACAUUAAUUGCCUUCUUUUCUGCAGAGAGAGAGGGGUUAACGUAUUUCACUUCUCGGCAGAUGGAGGGUGUGAGCCCGUGUUAACAAUUUUACAUUUCAACCCAAAAUGGAAGCUUGUACUUUAAAUAAAUGUCUGGACAAACGUACUCUGACUACUAGUGCUGCUAUUGGUGGAAUUGUAAAAGAAGUAUAUUUUCUUUGUUUCCCUGACAGGUGUUGUUAAAAUCUGGUAGAAAGGUAAUAAAUUGUAGAAGAAGCUGCUUGUCUAAGUAUAUUCUUAAGUCCUUCUGGAUCUUCAGUUUAUUCCUUCAGGUUAUCUGUAGCAUUACCUUUUUUCCCUCUCUAGCAUUGUCUUGAAUCCUUUGCUCACUCUGAAAAGAAAACUUGGAACCUA